CACUGAAUCUUCUGUCCACUGUAUAAUAUCGCUUUCUUUCCACCUUUUUAUUGAAUGAUUAUGUAUGUCCUUUUCAAUCUCUACUUUUUGCUUUGCAUGUGUUUUUUCACAUUUUCAGAUUUUUUACACUACUUUCCUUUUUAGCACUAAGUUGACACUGAUACCCUUUACAUGACCCAGAUUUUAGUUUAUGAUUUUGUUUGUCCAAAAACUGUAAUUUUGAGGGUUUUGUGGUUUCAUCUUUGAUUAAUUACUACAAGCUGUAAUGCAAUGUGGGUUUGAUAAAAGGAUGUGGAUUAUAUGAACAAAAGAGGGUGUUUUUUUGCUUGUUAAUUUGAUGUUAUAGCCUAUACUACAUAGGACAUUUGUUUCUAUUUAGUGUAAGAUUAUUAAAGGAGUAAUUUUUCAUGUGAAAACUGGGUUAAUUUCUUCUCUCUAUGUGUAUGAGGGUAAUUGUAAGUUUAACCCUUGAUUUUCUAUAAUUCAUUGCGUGAAAGGUUAACAGCGUUUGAUGUACUACUCAGCCUUCGCGUCUGUGGUCUUGUUGAUUAGAGUUGAGAAUGGAAAUUACAAAUUUGAGACAAGUAGAGUGCCUGUGUUUUCUCUCUUAGUUGGAAUUGUAUGUCUUUGACUGGUUUCUUUAGUGUUUCCUAGGAUAUUUAGGGGCAUUUUCUUGAGCUGAUUGUCGCUUAUCUAAACUUAUUGGCCAUGAACUUAACUGUUUUGAACUUAUUCAAACUUUUUAGAACUUAUGGUCGUUUUGAAUUGAACUUGGGUAGCUGUAAUUGGCCUCAAAUUGAACUUAUUUGCCUUGAACUUAACUUGCGGGAACUUAUUAUUUCUCAAAUAAGUGGUACUAUGGCGAGGAGAGCAUAGCCUUAGGGAUAUUGUUGGGCAUUGAUCGCAAACACGUUGUUUUCCUGGAGUUGAGUUUGAAUUGACAUGUUUCUUUAAUAUGACUGCAAGCUUCAAUACUUCAUCUUGCUUCUGGUAGCUUAUAUUCUUUUAGAGACACAUACCUGAUUUCUUGAGUCUCACAAGGACGCGUAACAGUUUCUGAUAACUGCGCCUUUGUGCUAAAGUUAUUUUAUCUGGUCUUCCUCUGAGCUGUUUUGGUUUCUAGCUAUGUGUAAUGAGACUUAUGUGUAGCUUAAUGUAUCUAUUCAUAAACUGACAUGCUUUCUUUAAGCCGGGUUAUUACAGUGAUGGUUUCCGCUGUUAAAGUUCCCUAGAAUCUUUCGUAGCCAAUCGUGUAAAGUCACUGUUACAAUGGUCUGAAACUUAGUUACAGAAGGCUGAUAUUAGUUUAGAAGAAUGAGUUGUUUUUUUGAGGGGAGAAGAAUGAGUUGUUAGUGGAACAUUGUUUUUAACAUGUAGGGUCAAGUUGUUUGUAACGUUAUUUUCUGGAAACUGCGGUCCUUGCUUGUGUACCUUUAGACAAAAAAAAAAUCGUUAUGCAAAGUCAGCAAUCAGCAUGAGCUCUGUAUCUUACCAUGAAGCCAUAUUUGUUGCCUUAUUCUUCCUCCUUGUCUCAAAAUUAUACGACAUUUAUUGCUUGUGCCAGCAAAGUCUAGGGAUCAAGGUUGACAUAAGGGACUCAAGAUUCUGCGUUCAUUUUAUCACCGCCUUUGUAUUUCGGAGUCUACAGUAGAUUGGAGCUAAAGUUCUGCAUGGUGACAAUCCAUAAUAUUGUUGCCUCAUGAUUUGCUUUACCAAAAACUCAGCUAAGAGAGCUGUAAGGUGCUUAUCAGAUGAGCAUGAGCUGUUAAACUGAUGAAGCACGAGUGAACGACCUUUAUCACUUCAGUAAAGAAUGGCAUGCCUUAUAGAAGCAUGAUUGAAUAUAUGUAUACCAGUAACCUGCAAUUUCAGUUUAGUUUCUUGCUCGAAACAAACUCUACUUCUGGUUAGGAUCAACUUUGAUACGCUAUGGAUGUUGGGGGGCAUCGAGGAGGUGCAAGGCAUAAGUGUGAUAAUAUCAGGGAGAGUUGUCCGUGGAAUAUGGUGGCGUACCAGCAUCAGGCCAAGGAGCAGAAUGCUUUGCAUAUGAACAGAAAGCUUUUGAACAUCAUAGCUGAGAGAGAUGAUGCAAUUGAAGAAAUGAACAGAGCUUUGCAUGAAAAAAGAAGGGCCUUGGAAGAGCGAGAAACAGCAAUUUCACAGAGAAAUUUGGCUAUCAAAGAACGUGAUGAUGCUGUAAUGGAAAGAGAUAAUGUUUUGAAUGCCCUUCAAAAUUCUAUGAAGCAACAACCCUUAAGUUGUGGAGUUCAACAUGGAACCAAUAGGCUGGCUGAUCAAUCUUAUGUCACGCAUGAAAUGCAUUUUCUUGAUGCUUUUUGUAGAACUGCAGUUGCUUCUGGAUGUAACAAGUCACCACAGCCAAAGAAGAUGAAAGAGAGCAAGGGAUGUGCAUCGAAGUCAAGGAGAGAGAAACAGACUUCUGAUCACUUGAAGGUGAGGAACAACUUAUAUGGUGAAAGUUUGGGCUUAAACCGAGUUGAUUAUGAUGACUCUAUUAUGCCAGCUCCUGGUUGCUCAUGUACUGGAAUUUUCCGGCAGUGUUACAAAUGGGGGACCGGGGGUUGGCAGUCAUCUUGUUGCACGACCACCAUAUCGGUUUAUCCUCUCCCACCUGCUCCAAACAAGCGUUAUGCUCGUCUGGGUGGUCGGAAAAUGAGCGGAAGUGUGUUCUCUAAGUUGCUGAGUCGGCUGGCAUUGGAAGGUUUUGAUUUCUCUAUUCCUGUGGAUAUGAAGGACCACUGGUCAAAACAUGGUACCAAUCGCUACAUAACAAUCAAGUAGAGAUAUAUAUAUGUCUGAUCACAGUAUGAGAUAGACAGUAUUUAAGUAAUUUACUUGAGUAGGAUCCAUCUUCUUCGCAGAGGCUCGAGGCUCUCCUUUUGUUUGCUCUGCUGACUGCUCCUAUUUUUGUAACCAAAAUGUUAGGGAGGUACCUCAUGUACAAAUGUACAGAUCAGUGCAGUGGUCUUUUGACUCUUUUCUGCUGUAACUUGAUGAUAUUAAUUGACUGCGUUUGGCCUUUU